AUGGUGGCGUCGCCUCUACCUCCAUUGUCAGUGCCAUUUAUUUGGUUGUUUCUGGGCGUGCUAGCUUUCUAUGCGUCCGUAUUGGUGGUAUACCGGGCAUUCAUCAGCCCACUUGCCAGUAUCCCGGGCCCCAAGCUCGCUGGAUUGACCUCGUGGUAUGAGUGUUAUUAUGUAUUACCGGGCCAGUAUGUUUUCAAGAUCAAGGAGAUGCACAGCAAAUAUGGUGAGCAAGGCUCGGCACCGUACAGUUUGGAAGCAGAACGAGACAAGCUCAUUUGUGCAGGUCCCAUCGUCCGCAUUGCUCCCAAUGAGGUAUCAGUCAGUGAUCCAGCUUUUGUCGAUACUAUUUAUGCUCCGGGCCCGGGCCACAAGCGUGACAAAGAUUUCGCGAAGAACAAGAGCUUGGGAGUCAACAGCUCUGUUGGAGGCUCCAUUGCACACGACUUGCAUCGAAAGCGGCGAGAGGCGCUGAAUCCCUUCUUCUCUCACCGACGCAUUAGCCGACUGAACCCCGAAUUGACCGAAAAGGUCAGCCAUAUGGAAGAAAUCUUUGAUCGGGCGAAAGCAGGUCAUGAAGUAUUGAAUCUUUCGGAUACGUACUAUGCGUUUUGCAAUGACAUUAUCCACAGAUAUUGUUUUGGCCAUAGCGCGAACCUUCUUCAGGAUUUACAACUCGCGAGCCGCCGACGUCAGAAUAUUGUGCAAAUCCUCUCACGUACCCCGUUCAACUUGCAUUUCAGCUGGGUCCGCAAUAUCUUGCAAAGUCUCCCGUCAAGUAUCGGAGCCAAAAUAACGCCACCGGGCGUCCGAGACAUCGUAUCUUUCCGAAAGAGUCUUAGCGAACAGGUUCAAAACAUAUUGUCAAGCAAAGCCUCUCCGGACGAAACGCCGUCUAUCUUCACAUACCUUCGUGAUACCCCUACCCUUCCGACGUCCGAGAAGUCGCCUCAACGCCUUUUGGAUGAAGCAACCCUCCUUAUCAUGGCGGGAACCUACUCACCUAUGCUAUCACUGGCAGUAGCUCACUACCACCUCAUUGCACGCCCAGAUAUCUUGGAGAAGCUGCGUUCUGAGCUCAAUGCGCACCCAAAUAUCGUCGAUGCCACACGGCUAGAGCAACUGCCUUACCUAUCAGCCGUCAUGCAAGAGGCCCAUCGGCUCACCUUUGGAUUAACCGGGCGGAAUCCUCGCGUCUGCCGAGACGAAACGGUGUUUUACACCACGGAGUCACCAGCAGACGGCAGUCAGCCGCAGACGUACAGACUUCCGGCAGGCGUAUCACUCAGUGCCUCUACCUUGCUGUUACACACUAAUGAGUCCCUAUUUCCCGACCCAUGGUGGUUCGACCCGGAGCGCUGGCUUACGCACGACACGAAUAUACUAGCCCGCCGCCGCCGAUGUAUGAUGAGCUUCUUGCCAGGCACACGUGGGUGCCUAGGUAUUCACCUUGCCAAUGCCGAAAUAGCAGCCGCGGUGAGUGCUAUGGCUCGUUGGGAUAUGCGAUUGUAUGAAACAUCGUUAAAGGACGUGAAUUUCCUGCACGACUACCAUGUCAUGUGCCCUAGGCUUGACUCAAAAGGGGUGCGAGUCGAAGUCAUUGGCCGAGCUACCAGAUGA